UCCGCCUUUGCCGGUGCAGCUCUUCCGUUUGCCCGUGCCCUGGGGGAAAAGACUUUGAGAAGAUGGAGAACCAGAGGGGAGCGUUCUUGGGAUACGUCCGCUGGGAAGGAGAAGAGGAAGGGGAUGAGGAGGAUGGGGUGGCUCCCGGUGCUUCUCCUUCCAGACAAAUGAGCGAAUUGGAAGAUGUGCAGGUGGAGAUGCUCGAGAAGGCAAGGGAGCUCUUCCAGCUGUGUGACAAGGACGAGAAGGGUUUUAUCACCAAGGUGGACAUGCAGCGGCUCCAGAGUGAACUCCCCCUAACCCUUGAACAGCUGGAAACUGUUUUUCACAGCUUGGAACAGAACAAUAACGGGUACCUGACGCCUGUGGAGUUCAGCAUGGGACUAGGAAAGUUAGUAGGGAUUGAACUGUGUCAAGGGGCCAGGAGAAUGGAUCACUCCAGACACGAGGAGACCUUUGAGUCAGGCUGGUCAGAUGACUUGGACCCGGCAGAUGAUGAUGAAGAGAAACGAUUCUGUUCCAUGAUGGAGCAGCUCGGAGCAGCCCGCAUGUUUGAAGAUCCGCGUGAGAUUCGGGAGCUCUGGGCUCGGCUACGAAAGGAGCGUCCGGAGCUCUUAUCCAAUUUUGAAGAGUUUCUGUUGCGUGUUUCAUCAUACAUAAGGGAAGUGAAUCAUGAGAAGGAGUCUAUGGAACAGGCAUUGAAGCGGAAGGAGACAGACCAUGACCGAGAAGUCAGGUGCCUUUAUGAAGAAAUGGAGCAACAGAUCAAAGCAGAAAGGGAGAGGCUGCUCUGCCAGGAAGCACUGAGACAUGACAGGAGUAACCUGCUCCAGAAGGAACUGCGCAGCAAAGAGCAGGAGCUGGAGAAAAUCCUCUACCGCCAGAAGAAGCUGGAACAUCAGCUACAAUCUCUGAACUCAGAGCAGCUGGAGACCCGUGUGCAGAACGAAAGGCUCCGGCACCUGAAUGAAAACCUUCUGGAAGAGCUGGAGAAAAGCAAAUGGGAGCUGGAGGCGGUGAAGGGGCAAUUGCAGAAGCUCCAGAAAGCGGCCCAGCUUGAGCAAGAGCAGAAGGACAGGGAUGUGUUCAGAGUCUCCAAGAACAUGCAGAAAGAGAAGCAAAGCCUCCUUCGGCAGCUGGAGCUCCUCAGAGAGAUGAACAAGAAACUUCGAGAUGAGCGAGAUGCUUUUGAAGCCAAGAAGCUGGCACCUCAGAGCAAAAAACCCCUGUUGAAGAAAGGGUCAGUGCUAGGCAGUUACCUGCUGGACGACAAGCCGGUCAAACGACAACUGGCCUCUGCGGACCUUCCCUUCACCUUCCCGAUGGAUGUGGCAGUGGAAGAACCCAACAGAAAGAACUGUAAAUACUUCCCAGGCAAUGGGACGUGGCUGAAGACAGGAGAAGGAGGCAGCACAAACUUCGAAGAGAAGAGCAGAGACAAGGAGAGAUUGCCAUUGGCAGCAGAUGCUGAGUGGUUGAAGAUGACUUGGAAGGGUGAUGCUGAUUGUAGAAAAAAUGCAGAUGGAUUAGACCAUGCUCCAUUGCCUCCUAGAGGACAGCCUGUUGGCACCGAAACCAGGCUCCAGGCACUGGAACCAGCCAGCUGUUUCCCAGACCGCAUCUUUAAAGUGGUGUUUGUAGGGAACUCUGGCGUUGGGAAGAGUUCCUUCAUCCACCGCUUCUGCUAUGACAGGUUCUUGGCUGAGCUCAAUGCAACUAUUGGUAUCGAUUACCAGGUGAAGAGUCUGAUGGUGGAUAACACCCAGGUUGCCUUACAGCUGUGGGAUACAGCUGGACAAGAAAGGUUUCGGAGCAUUACCAAGCAGUAUUUCCGGAAGGCGGAUGGGAUUCUGGUGAUGUACGAUAUCACGGCCGAGUGCUCCUUCACGGCGGUGCGGAACUGGAUGAGCAGUGUCCAGGAAGGUAUCGAGGAUGGAGCUGUGGUCUUUCUGCUUGGAAAUAAAAUGGAUGCGGCGCAGAGAGAGACCCGGCACGUGCCCAAGGUGGAGGGGGAAAGGCUGGCGAAGGAAUACAAGGCUGUCUUCUACGAGUGCAGCGCGAUGACUGGCUAUAACAUCACGGAGCCCAUGCUGCACAUGGCCAGGUUGCUGACAGCACAAGAAGACAGGCAGAGGGAGAAUGCCCUGCAGCUGGAAGAUGUCAGCAGGAGGAAAGGUUGCUGCACAUAAGGCACAUCAAUGUGUCAGCAAGAGACA